AUGUUCGUCGAUGCCGGCACCGAAACCGAACCGGAUAAAAUUGAUACAGCAUCAUCAACUGUCGUUGCUGCAACACCGGACCCAGUUCCAGUGCGUUCUCAGCAAGGAAAAGACACGGCAGACCAACUAGCUGUGAUGAAUAAAUCGUUGAUGCUUCUUUGGGCCGAGGUGAAGAAUUUGACGGAUUAUAGAAGCCAUCGACCUAAUGGAACAGCUGUAAUGGAAGAAGAACAGCACUCGCCAUCAUUUCUGCCUUUCAUUACGUCUGAAGAAGAAUUAACGUGUUUUGAAGAUCAGCUCCAUGAAAAAACUUAUUUUCUAAAAAUUCAUAAAACUCUUGUCGAUAGGUUGGAAUCGGAAACAGAUGUGAAGAGCCGAAUGCAUAGCGCGUUUCAAAUACUAUUUGAUAAAAAAUUUGUUGUGCAGUGCAGCUGGCGAGGCGGGGGAAAAUCUGGUCCGAAAAUAAGAUUAGAUGAAAAAGGGAAUGUUUUGCGACUAUUUAAGGCCAUAGGUGAGGAUGUCGGGUUUGUAGUAGGUGAGGAAGAUGUAAAAAAAUUCUUCGUAACAAAACUUAACAAUGCGCAAAGCAGCGCAAAUAAUUUUAAAGGAGUGAUUAAAAGCUCUAGUAAGUGUUAUCACAAACGUGAAAAAAAUGUUAAUAAAUAA